UUCAAAGCCUUGCAUGAUCAUUUUCUUCAGCCGUUUCCCCUAGCUAGCUCUAGGUUAUGAUCGCCACCCUGCCUGCACUCCUCAGCAUCCCGCCGGCUUACGGAAGUGUUCACGGUGACGAAUACGGCGAGUUUUAAUAAUCACCCAGUCCAUGAUCAUUCGCUGCAUUCGUUUUCCCAACAUCCUCUUUAAGCAUAGCUCUAAGGUCGUCUUUGCUCUGCUCUCGCGAUCUGCACGACACACAUCCGCGUUAUUAGCUUCUCCGCGCUUUUGUUCCGUUGAUUCACUAUUUCCUUUCCAAACUGUAGCGUUCGCGGGCAGUGUGCGACCUAUAUCGCGUAAGAACGUUCCCUCGACUGGAGCUAGGGAAAUCGUCCACGACGCUGAAUCCCCCGCAUUCGUCCCAAGAGCUGAGAAGCCUAGCGGAUUUCGAGAAUCUAGGGCAUUCAGGGAAUCUAGGGAAUCUAGGGAGUCGAAGGAAUCUAGGGAGUCGAAGGAAUCUAGGGAGUCGAAGGAAUCUAGGGGAUACGGGGAAUCUCUGCACGGUGCUGAAACAUCGGCGCGCGCCAUGAUGAGGCGAGGCAGGGGGCCCAACCGCCAGAGACGGGGCGGCCGCGGAAGCGGAAGAGGUGGCGGAAGCGGUGGAGGGGAAGGCGGAAGGGGCGGAGAAGAGGGCGGAAGGGGCGGCGGAGGAGGCGGAAGGGGCGGAGGAGGAAGAAGCGGAAGGGGCGGCGGAGGAGGGGGCGGGGAGCAGCGAUGGUGGGAUCCGGCGUGGCGCGCGCAGCGACUAGCGGCGAUGGGGAGGGAGAGAGGUCCAGCAAAGCAAGUGGACGGCGCAGCAUGGGCGGCACGGUUCCGGAAGCUAGCAGCAGGGGGUGGCGCAGUGGGGAGCGGAGCAGCAGGGGGUGGCGCAGGGGGGAGUGGCGCAUCAGGGAAUGGGGCAGUCGAGAGCGGAUCAAUGGGGAGCGGAGCAGCAGGCGCGCAGCAAGUGGGGAGUCUUCCAGAGGAGAUAGUGAUUCGCGAGAACUACGGGAGGGAGGGGACGGAGCAGCUGCAAGUCUUGGCAGAACAGGCAGGGCUGUACUUCCAGACGUAUGGCAAGGGAACCGGGACAGUUGCAGUGGCCAGCAGAGUCCCGCUGCCGAGCUACCGGGCGGACUUGGAUGACAGACACGGGCGGUCCGAGCGACAGAUCACAGUCUCAUCCGACCUUCAUCAACACGUCUCAAACCUCCUCGCCCCCUCCUCCUCCUCCUUUGCCCCUGGGGCACCCACACCAGCACCACCAGCAGCAUCAGCAGCAGCAGGAGCAGCACCAGGAGCACAGAGAGGGGCCUCGGUUGCUGCAACGCCGUCACAGUUCGCUGCUUCAGCAGCGGCUAAUGCGCUCAGAAUACAGAGCGAGGCGUUGAGAGCCGAGCAGAACAGGCGAAAGUCAUCCCCUGCAGUGCAAGCCAUGAUGGCUCAGAGGCAACGGCUACCUGCCUUCAAGCAGCGGGAGGAGCUGCUGCGAGCUGUGCAACAGAGCCAGGUGCUUGUGGUGUCUGGCGAGACAGGCUGUGGCAAAACCACCCAACUGCCUCAAUUCAUCCUGGAGAGUGAGAUCGACGCGGGGAGGGGCGCGCAGACAAUGAUAAUCUGCACGCAGCCGCGGCGGAUAUCAGCCACGUCUGUGGCGGGGAGAGUGGCGGCGGAGAGAGGGGAGGAGGUGGGGGGGAGCGUGGGGUACCAGAUCAGGAUGGAGAGCCGACGAGGGCCCAACACCCGGCUGCUGUUCUGCACCACUGGCGUGCUGCUGAGACGACUGGUCCAAGAACCCGACCUGGCAGGGGUGUCUCACGUGAUGGUGGACGAGAUCCACGAGCGCGGCAUGAACGAAGACUUUCUCCUCAUCAUCCUCAGGGACCUGCUGCCCCGCCGCCCGGACCUCCGCCUCGUGCUCAUGAGUGCCACCAUCAACGCGGAGCUCUUCUCAGAGUACUUCAACAAGGCGCCCAUGGCUCAUAUUCCGGGUUUCACUCAUCCUGUGCAACAACUGUUCCUGGAGCACGACCUCGACGUAUGGUCGCACUAUUCAGCCUUCAGUCGGCCCACCCAGGAGUCCCUCAACACGUGGUCGCCUGACAAGCUAGACAUUGAUCUAGUGGCGUCAGUGGUGGAGCAUAUCUGCCGCAAUGAGGCUGAGGGGGCGGUGCUGGUUUUCCUGACCGGCUGGGACGAGAUUUCGAAGCUCCUGGAGGCACUCAAGGGUAUGCCUGUCGCUGGGCAGCCGUCGAAAGUUUUGCUGCUGCCCCUGCACGGGUCCAUGCCGACGAUUCACCAGAAGGAGAUUUUCAACCGACCUCCUCCUGGAGUCAGGAAAGUGGUGCUCGCAACCAACAUAGCCGAGACCAGCAUCACCAUCGACGACGUCGUGUAUGUCGUCGACUGUGGAAAGGCCAAGGAAACUUCCUACGACGCCCUCAACAAGCUCGCCUGCCUGCUCCCCUCCUGGGUCUCCAAAGCCUCGGCCCACCAGAGGAGGGGUCGGGCGGGGCGCGUGCAGCCGGGAGUUUGUUUCCACCUCUACCCGAAGGUGGUCUACGAUUCGCUGCUGGAAUUUCAGCUGCCCGAGAUCCUGAGGACGCCGCUCCAGGAGCUGUGUCUGCAGAUCAAGCACCUGGGGCUGGGCCACGUACAGUCGUUCCUGUCCAAGGCCAUGCAACCACCGGAGCCUCUAGCAGUGCAAAACGCGGUGCAGCUGCUGGAAACCAUCGGUGCCCUCACCCCUGAUGAGCAACUCACCUCCCUCGGGUGUCACCUGGCCGCCCUCCCUGUGGAACCCCGCAUUGGAAAGAUGCUCAUAUUCGGAGCCAUCUUCAACUGCCUGGCUCCCGCUCUCACCAUCGCAGCAUCAUUGGCAUAUCGCGACCCCUUUGUGCUGCCCCUCGACAAGAAGGAGAUGGCGGACGCUGCUAAGAAGGAGUUCGCCAAGGAGUCAAGGAGUGACCACAUAGCUCUGCUGAACGCGUUUGAGGGGUGGAGGGCAGCCAAGAUGCAGAGGCAAGAGCGGGACUACUGCUGGGACAACUUCCUGUCGGCGCCGGUGCUGCAGAUGGUGGCGGACAUGCGAGGGCAGUUCCUGCUGCUGCUCAGCGAUAUCGGGUUCUACGACCCCAGAGCGGGGCUCAAUGAGUACAGCAAGCUCGCCUCGGAUCAAGAGAUGCUCUCAGCAGUCAUCUGUGCCGGCCUCUAUCCCUCGGUGGCUCAGAUUCGUCGCCAGGGCAAGCGGUUUGUCUUUUUCACGAAGGACGACGGACGCGUGGAGAUGCACCCUUCCUCAGUCAAUGCCUUCUGCCCUUCCUUCUCGCGCCCAUGCCUCGUGUACAACGAGAAGGUCAAGACCUCCGAUAUUUUCCUCAGGGAUUCCACUAUGGUCUCUGACUUUGCUCUUCUCAUGUUCGGCGGCAACCUCGAGCCGGCCCCGGCGGGCCGCACGGGCUUUGACAUGUUGGGCGGCUAUCUGCACUUCAGCGCCUCGGCUCAGACGGCUAAACUCGUGCAGGACCUACGGCAGCAGCUGGACUCGCUUCUAAGAGACAAGAUUGAGAACCCAUCCUUGGACGUGCAUGCCCAGGGGGAGAGGGUGGUGGCCGCAGUGCGCAGUCUGCUGUCCUCCCCCCAUGCAGAUUCCCUCCCACCUGCGGAGGGGCGGGGGGGAAGGCACUAAGGUGAGAGAUUGAAGAUGAAUGGAAUGACAACACAAGGGGAGAGGGUGGUUGCAGCAGUGCGCAGUCUGCUGUGCUCCCCCCAUGCUGAUGCGCUCCCACCAGGGGGUCCAGUGGGGGGGGGUGGGGGAGGGCACUAGGAUUAGAAUGUACAUCAUGUAGCACAUUAGAUUCAAGCAGGGGGUGAUGGUAGCAUGCUGAUUCAAGCAUGUGAAGAUGAGUGCACAUGAAGAUGACCCAAUUGGACAUUCAACCAAUGAACAUACAACUACAGCGCAUACAUGAAGGGCCAUCCAAUUCACAGUUCUCAAUUUCCAAUCAAUACACGUCUUUUUG